ACGGCCCCCUCGCUGGGUGUUGUCCUCGCGACCAGCGGGAAGCGAGAGAACCCUCCGAAGCCUAGGGCUUCUGCGACCCCUCUUACCAACGCCAUGGCAAUUCCAGGUUGCAACAAGGACAGUGUCCGAGCAGGCUGUAAAAAAUGUGGCUAUCCUGGUCACCUGACUUUCGAAUGCCGCAAUUUUCUCCGAGUAGAUCCCAAAAGGGAUAUAGUUUUGGAUGUCAGCAGCACAAGCAGUGAAGAGAGUGAUGAAGAGAAUGAGGAACUGAAUAAACUGCAGGCAUUACAAGAAAAAAGAAUUAAUGAAGAAGAGGAAAAGAAAAAAGCAAAAAGCAAAGAGAAAAUCAAGUUGAAAAAAAAAAGAAAGAGGUCUUAUUCAUCUAGUUCCACCGAAGAGGACACUUCAAAACAAAAGAAGCAAAAAUACCAGAAGAAAGAAAAGAAAAAGGAGAAAAAGAGUAAGUCAAAAAAGGGGAAGCAUCACAAAAAGGACAAAAAGAAGAGAAAAAAGGAAAAGCAUUCCUCUGCCCCUAACAGUUCUGAAAUCUCCAAAAAGUAA